AUGGAACUGGACAGAUCAAUGGACAGAUGCGAAGAAGCUUUUUGCAAAGUGAAAGCAAUGAUUGUUUCAGAUCUGGUGCUUACACAUUAUGACCCUAACCUUCCCUUACAACUGGCUUGUGAUGCUUCACCUGUAGGGAUUGGAGCGGUACUGUCCCAUGUUAUGACAGACGGCACAGAGCGCCCGAUAGCGUUUGCAUCGAGAUCCCUAUCGAAGGCGGAGCGCAACUACGCACAGAUAGAUAAAGAAGCGCUGGCUACAGUGUGGGGAGUCAAGAAAUUCCACAAUUACCUUUUCGGUAUGAACUUUACCUUACUGACUGAUCAUGAGCCUCUCACUUCAAUCUUUCAUCCCAGCAAAAGCCUUCCUGCUAUCACUGCUGCUAGAUUACAACGCUACGCUUUGUUCUUGGCGGGUUUUGACUAUACAAUCAGAUAGAAGAACACUAAGUUACACGGAAAUGCGGAUGGUUUGUCUCGAUUACCCUUGCAUAAUGAGACACCAGAAGAAGAGCCAGAUCCAGUGGGCCUCUUCUAUGCCACACAAUUUGAGCCCUUGCCAGUCCACCCUGCAACCAACGGUCAAGCAGAACGUUUUGUUCAGAGUUUCAAACAUGCUAUGAAAUGCGAGAAACAAAGUACAUCCCAGCUGAAAACCAAUAUGGCAAAGUUCCUUUUGGCUUACCGGAAUACACCGCAUUCGACGACUGGAGAAUCACCGUCCGUGUUGUUUUUGGGCAGACCGCUACGGACUCCCCUCGAUUUGGUGAAACCUGAUUUACAAAUGAAAGUGAUGAACAGGCAAAUCGAUCAAGCAGGGAGGAAAGGACAUUCCCCCACACGUCAAUUAUCCAUUGGUCAGACUGUCAUGGCACGUAACUACAGUGGGAAAGACAAGUGGCUACCAGGCAUAGUUCGUGCUCAAACGGGAUCCCUUUCAUACGAGAUAAAAGUUGGUCCAAAUCGAAUUUGGCGACGUCACAUCGACCAGCUUCGAGCCUCUAGUGUGAAAGUAAAUGACCAGAGUAAUGAUACGGCUGAACCUCAUCCAGAGCUCGGAGAGACUGACCAGAAUAUUGCACCAGCAGAAGAAUUGUCGCAGAGCCGGAUAUCGAAUUAGCCACAAAUCCACCAGUAGUCCAACAAGAAGAAGCCGGUAGGGCUACAACAGGAUCUGGACAACGUUACCCAACUAGAUCACACCAACCACCCGAGAGGUGGGGUCUUAACUGUUUGAUCCGAAAACUGUUUAAGAAAACUACAUAGAGAACUGCUUUAUUACUUACUGUUAUGGUUAGCAUAAUUGUUCGAACACGAUAGUUAACUCAUGAACAAUAUUUUAUGAUACAUUCCUUAAGAGGGGAGAUGGUGUUAGAUAUAUAGAUGGGCAGCGGUCAUACGCACGGACAUGCGCAUUAGAUAUGUAGGUCGGCCAUGCUUAUGUAUUAUUCAUAUUUUGUUAAAAGUAUAAUCUAAAUACACGACAACUAUAGUCUUAAUAGUCUUGACUAUAGCCUUAAUAGUCAUGACUAUAGUCUUAAUAGCCAUGACUAUAGUCUUAAUAGUCAUGACUAUAGUCUUAAUAGUCAUGACUAUAGUCUUAAUAGUCAUGACUAUAGUCUUAAUAAUCAUGACUAUAGUCUUUUAUAAAAUAGCCUUUUAAAAACACGGGCGCUGAUUGGUCAAAAGCUCAAAAAACCCGUGUUUCUAUAACUCGAUAGAAACACGGGGAAUUUUCACGCGGGUUGCGUGGAUUGCGCGGGAGUUUGAAAGACAAAAUACAAACAAUAUUUAAUCUUGAAAAAAGUUGAAAAACGUCCCGAAACGCCGAAGAACCGUUACAAAAAAAAGGCAACACUUUGCUAACUUAGAAAGCGAAGACCUAAAGCACAAAGUAUAAUUAUAGCACACGUUGUAUCUGUUUGACUGUUUACCAAGGUAAGACAUUUUAAUUUUACUUUGUGUUUUUAAAAAAAUAUUUUCCUCGCGACGUUUUUAAUCAUGUUUACUAUAGUUUUUAAUCACGUUUAAACGUUCACUAACUAUUUAAAACAGUGCUUUCCUUGCAUGCAAGCAUGUACGUUGUUGAAGUAAGCCUGUUAAGUGCUGUCUGUUGUUUUGACAGCGAUAUACUUGUUUACUUCGCUAUGCUUUUAUAAUUAUUAUUUACACGAACGUAUAUUAAGGUGGAAUUAAUUGUUGAAUGAAAGCAAUUAAAAUCAAUAAAUAUAUCUUUUCUAUUGUUUUUAAAAGGCUGUUUAAAAACACAAUUUCCCACGCAAUUUCUCGUUUCUCCCAAACUUUCACGCGUGUUUCUAUAACUCUAUAGAAACACGGAAAAUGUUUUCUAUUUCUUAAAUAGUAGUCAUUACUACAGUCUUAAUAGUCAUGACUAUAGUAUUAAUAGUCAUGACUAUAGUCUUAACAGUGAUGACUAUAGUCUUAAUAGUCAUGACUAUAGCCUUAAUAAUCAUGACUAUAGUCUUAAUAGUCAUGACUAUAGCCUUAAUAGUCAUGACUAUAGUCUUAAUAGUCAUGACUAUAGUAUAACGACUUUGGCAGCACAUAUUUUUUAUGUCAGCAAGACAAAAUUUCGAUAUAUCAGUAUACUAACCUUAACCAUAAGGAAAAAUAUGUACCCCUUGUAUUCCGCUUGGUAAAAUAAAAAAUUGUAUAUAUCCACAUGGGGUGGGCGGGUUAAUCACUUUUUAAUGACUGUGUAAUAUGCAAAUAUCGACCAUUACGGUGUUGACAACCAUAUUAACUUCUGUUUCAAAUAUGUCACGAUUUUUAUUCCUGCUUGGAAAUUUAUUACUCCUUUACCAGCCACCAAAUUCAUUAAAAGAAUUAAAACGAAUUUUCAUUGCGUGUUGAAAAUACAUUUACGUAUACUUAAAUGAAACGCUCGCGAAAUUUAUACCUACGCUUAGCAAUUGUCAUUAGAUGGCAUGGGGACGCGAAAAAAUUGUUGAGCUCAGCAAAAAUAUUGACUGUUUCGCCCAAACACGCCUUGAGUUACGUCAUGCAUAUAUAAUAAAUCCUCCACUACCCCUCCACCGCCCUACCUCCACCUCCCUCUGCCACCACAAUCCGCCUGAAUAUUGAUUACCUACGCCUCACUCCGCCACACUCCGCCACCAAAAUCCGGCCCGAACGGUGCCUAUAUUACUACUGACUCAUCAUGACUCUUCAACUUUUUCCUCAUGCUGGCGGUAGUACUUUCUUCUGCGUCGUCUUCUUUUCUUUCGGCUGAUCGAGCUCGUCUCCUUGCUUACCAGUUCAAU